CCUCCGUCGAAACGCUCGCCUUCGAUACGCUCGCUCCUCAAUCUGCCGCUUCCUAGCCCCUAAACCCUUUCCUUCCCCUCCCUCUUUUCCCCAUUUUGUCUUCACUCUCUCUCUCUCUCCCUCUCUCUCUCUCUCUCUCUCUCUCUCGAUCCUCAGAUCUCUUAUCUUCCACUGCAAUUGCUACUAGUGCGAUGGAGGCCGGGUUAUUAUCGGACGAGGAGGACACGGAUGUGAGUGAUUCUGAGGUCGAGGACUACGAGGAGGAGUGCUACCAGGCGCUGAAGACCGGUAACCAUCGGAUCCGCAACCCCGACGGCACCUUUCGAUGCCCAUUCUGCACCGGCAAGAAGAAACAGGACUACCAAUUCAAGGACCUCCUCCAGCACGCCACCGGAAUCGGCGCCUCCAGCUCCCGCAAGGGCUCCCAGAAGGCCCACCACCGCGCCUUCGCCCGCUUCCUCCAGCUUGACCUCGCCCCCUCCCUCUCCCUCCCUCCCGCCCUCAAAGCCGCCUUCGCCGCCGCUGCAGCUGGCGACCCCUCCCCCAUUCAAUCUCCUCCUCCCUCUUCUUCCUCCUAUUCCGCCUCCAAACCUCCCCGCGAGGACGAGCUCUUCGUCUGGCCCUGGAUGGCCGUCCUCGUCAAUGCGCCCCCCGGUGCCGCCGACGGUGACGACCUCAAGGAGAAGCUCUCCGACUUCAACCCCGUCGACACCGUCCACUUGCAUGAGGAAGACGACCUCAACGGCAAGUCCACGUGCGCGACCGUCAUCGUCAAGUUCCUCAAGAACUGGGGCGGGUUUAAGAACGCCAUGGACUUCGAGAACCAUUUCAGAGCCAGCCAUCGCGGAAAGAAGGAAUGGGCCGAACGGCAGGGCGACGUCUCUGGCGUUCUGUUUGGGUGGAUUGCGAGCGCCGAGGAUUACAAUGCCGGGGGCGCUCUGGGUCGGUACUUGAAGAAGCACGGGGACCUGAAGACCGUCCUGCAGGUCAUCAAAGAAGAGUCCAAGGAGACCGGUAAGAUUGUCGCCAUUCUUGCGAACCAGAUCGACAUCAAGAAUCAGUACUUGCAUGACUUGGAGGUGAGGUACAACACGACCAGCCACUCCCUCAGUCGAGUGAUGGGGGAGAAAGACCAGCUUCAUCAAGCUUACAACGAUGAAAUGCGAAAUUUGCAGCGCAAUGCAAGGGAGACUACUCGCAAAAUCUUUGACGAGAAUGAAAAGUUGAGGAUGGAGUUGGAUUUAAAGAGGAAAGAAAUUGAUUUGCGGUGUAAAGAACUGGAUAAGCUGGAAGCACAAAAUGAGGGCGAUAAAAAGAAACUGGAUGAUGAGAAGCAAAAGGUUGAAUUGGCAACCAUUGUGCAAAAGGAAGCUGAAGAAGAAGUCUUGAAACUGGUUGAAGACCAAAAGAAGGAAAAAGAAGCUGCUCUUGCUAGAAUACUUCAGUUAGAGAAGGAGCUGGACCAAAAACAACAACUGGAGCUAGAAAUAGAAACAUUGAACUGGAACUUAAGAGUUAUGAAGCAUUUGGAAGGGCAAAAUGAUGCAGAUAUCCAGGAGAUGGAACAAAAAUUGGAAAGAGAAAGGGAACAACUAGAAUUCUUGAAUAGUGCUCUCAUAAGCAAGGAACGCCAGAGCAAUGAUGAAUUACAAGAAGCUCGUAAAGAAUUGAUCAAGGGUUUGGAAGACUUAUUGAGUGGUCGUACUUUAAUUGGAAUAAAAAGAAUGGGUGAAUUAGACGAGAAGGCCUUUCAAAAUGCAUGCAGGAAAAAAUAUAAAGCUGAAGAGGCUGACAUCAAAGCUGCUGAGUUAUGUUCUAGCUGGCAAGAGGAACUGAAGAAACCAGCAUGGCAUCCAUUUAAGAUUGUUACGAGUGACGGGAAGGAACAAGAAGUCAUAGAUGAGGAUGAUACAAAUCUGAAAAAACUAUGGAUUGAGUUGGGUGAUGAUGUAUGCAAUGCUGUUAAAACAGCUCUGGUUGAGUUAAAUGAUUAUAAUCCCAGUGGAAGAUAUGUCAUACCGGAACUCUGGAAUUUUAAGGAACGACGCAAAGCAACUAUGAAGGAGGUCAUAGUAGCCAUCCUAAAGCAAUGGAGGAGCCAGAAGCGCAAAAGAUGAGAAACCACAGGAUAUUUAGCGGUUAUGUGGCUGGGGAUGAAGGCUAAUAAUAGCAAUUUUUGCAAGAAGAUGGGGAGUCGAGACGUUCCUUGUUCUCGAUCAAUUUGGUAGCUUGUACUAACUUGCAAGGCAAUCAAUUUGGUAGCUUGUACUAACUUGCAAGGCAUCUUUGGAUAAGCUAUUAAUCCUCUCACACUUGUGCUGUAAUGUAAUACUGUGGCUGAGACGAUGUCGGUAAGGUCCUACAGAAGAUCUUUCUAAUUACCUUAGUGUAUGUAUCAUGAGAGUUCCCACA